CAUGAAACUGUUUAGUAAACAAAGUCUCGACAAGUGUAAGUACUUAAAUCUUUCGCUAGAUUUGUGUGCUUCGUAGUGUCAGAGUUUAAAAAUUUACGAUAAUUAAUCAAUUUUUUGCGGAAAAAGAGAAGGUGACUGAAAUUUCAGCAACAAAUACCUAGGUCGAAGUGAUAGCAGCAAAAUGCGGCUAAUUUUGGUGACAUUGAACGUGCUAGUUGCACUAGCGAGUGCACAACGAGACUACACAACGCCCGUCCCUAUUCUGAAACAGAUUAACAGGCAUAAUGAUGAUGGUUCCUACAGUUAUGGCUACGAAGCUGCCGAUGGCAGUUUCAAGAUUGAAACUAAAUAUCCAAACGGUGAAGUCUACGGAAAAUAUGGCUAUGUGGAUGAUCAAGGAAAGGUGAGGGAGGUCGAAUACGGCGCCAGCAGACGUGGCUUUGAACCGCAAGGUAACGAUAUCAAUGUGCCACCACCAACUUUAGUCAACAACAACAAGAAUGCCGUACCCCUGGGCCCUGAAGAAAUCGAUGAUGGUCAAUAUCGGGAAGACCCUGCCAUCUAUUAUAAUAGUAAAUCACGCUACAACAGCAAACCACUACCAGCCAGUAACUUCCGUUUGAACAACAUUCCAAACUCAAACAACUACCAGUCACAACCCCAAUACCAACCACAACCACAAUACCAACCUGAACCUCAAUACAAACCCCAACCACAGUACCAACCCCAACCUCAGUACCAACCUCAGCCACAAUACAACCCACAACCGCAGCACUACAAUCCACCACAGAAUAACUGGAACCAACAACACCAAUCCAACUCUGCAUGGAACAACCACCAUCACCCUGCCCUUUCCAAUAUUGACAUUUACACAGGAUCGUACAGUGUAUCAUACACAGGACGUUAGGUAGCAGCAAAUAUGAAAAGAAGAUACUUACUUAAGGAUGUACUGUUAAGUUAAUUUCUAAAAUUUAUCUUUUUUACAUAUACCAAAUGCUAUUGCUGUCAUUUUUAAAAUAAUUGAUUUGCAAAUCGAAUAUUUUUGUAGUCACUCCGAAAUUAAUUUUGUUUAAGAAUAAAAAUGGAUCCUAGGA